GUUGUUACGCAAUCGUGUGGAAGUUGUAGUUCGACAGCCAACUUGUUUGCAUCAUUGGUCAUGACUCAUACAGCAACGGCGCUGCCUGGACAGCUUGAGUGAUGGCGGAGGGGAGGAGUGGAGAGGACAUUGUUUCAGAGUACCUGGACCAGAACCCUCACCUGGUCGAGUGGGUGGAGUCGCUCCGAGGAGUGCAUGAGACCAACAAGCAGUGGCAUGCCAGACAAGAGUUUUUCCUGAGGAACAUGGAGACGUUCCCCACAGUCCAGCCAGGCUUCCCCAGCCCCAGUCUGGACAGGCUGCUCUCACUGUCCAUAUGCUGGGCCAACCACAUCUUCUUGGGCUGCAGAUACCCUCAACCUGUCAUGGACAGGAUCAAGGAAAUGGCAGAGGGAGUGGUUGUCAAUGAUGCUCCAGUUCGAAAGACCAGAGAUGAAAUCAUGGGGAAAGGAAAGAGGACUGCAGGGGGCGACGACGACAGCUGCGCCAAGCGGACCAAGCCUGGGAACCCCUUCAAGCAAGGCCCACCCCCGCAGGCACCUGCCGAGCACCAGCCCUUCUUCAACCGCCUCUACAAGGCUGUGGCGUGGAAGCUGGUGUCGGCAGGGGGCUUCGGCCCCAACCUGGACCACUUUGAGAUCCUGCGUGCCUGCACUGAGUCGUCCAAAGAGAGCCUGAGCUGCAUCUUUGUGCCCCUGAAGGACAUCCCCGACCUGCCGGCGGCGCGCACCCAGAAGGAGGGCCAGGUGUGCGAGCUGCGCUGCCAGACAGUCUAUCUGGGCACGGGCUACGGGCGUGAUGAGGCGGCCGCCAGGGCCAUGGCAUCCAAGGAGGCCCUCAAGGCCUUCCAGGGGCGCAAGGUGACGGUGAAGAUCUGUCGGCGGCGGUUCAAUGGUAGGGAUGUAGAGGAUCUGGUACUGCUGGAUGAUCAGCCCAGGAACCCGGGCUUCCCUCCCGCUAUCAGCUACCCCUUCCAGCCAGAGCAGCAGGGAGACGGGCCGUCGUAGCACAGCCAUGAGUCAUAGAGUAUCCUCCGGGGGCCUUUCCAGAGUCAUGUUCAGUAGGCAUCAACAUUUUGUAAAAUGGGGACGUAGGAAUGAGGGUUUGAAAUAAUUUCACAAUUUGAAUAGUAUAAUGAAUUUUUGUCAGAUAUUCGAAGUACAUGUGUUAUUGUUUUUUUUGUUUUUUACCUGAGCACUGCUGCGGGAGGGAGAGAGGCUGGCGUUCUAUUGCUGCAGCUGCAGAAGGGGUGAACAGAUGGAUGGAGGGAGAGAGAGAGACACCAAGGCAAUUCAAUGUUAUUUAUUAUCCUAUAUAACAGUGCCUGUCUUGACUGGAGUAGCAUAGAGAAGCUAGCCAGCUAUAGCUAGCUAGGCUAAUUGAGGCCACAUGCUGCGCUUUUUCCCCAACUCCAUUCAGAUAAAACGACAGCCUACCUGUUGGUUGUUAUUCUUUCUCAUUUCGCUAACUUUUAAUUCAGUAAUUUUAUUCCAUCUUGCAUUGCAUAAGUGAACUUUCAUGCCACUUGUUACACAUUUAGCCUCUUUUCCACGUUGAUUGGCCAACAUAAACAACAAGCUACGCACGUCUACCGGUCUUUUUAUGGGGUGCACUGGGCAUGUCAUAAAAACAACAUAAAAAAGUUAGUUGUUAAAUUAAUAAUUUGAAAUGGCAUGGUAUAUCCUUGUAUGUAACAAUGUCCCAUGGAUAUUUUAAUUUACAAAAAUUGUUUUCUGUGUAAAAUAGGCCUAUAUUUCUUUCUUCUCACAAAAUUGUAUACUCACACAAGUAUUCGAAUACUAACAUCUGUUCGACUAUUCAAAUAACCAUGCCCAUCCCUAACUGGGAGGAACUACCUCUCCUGGACUUAUAUAAAUGCUAAUUUCAGUUUUCCGUUCCGAAACGUUUUGCUACUGUGUGCCCUAAUGAACACGGCCCUGGUAUUUAGAAGUUGUGUGGGUUUGAAUGGAGCUGCUCUAUGAGUCAUACAGUACCACUGAAUGGAUGGACUCAAUGCAUCAUCACCACCACUUAGUAGUUUUUACGCUUUUAUUAUUCUUGAGGAGCAUAUACCCAGUUCUUGUUCCAUAGGUCAUUUGGAUUCCUUCAGAGUGGGGAUGGUAAGAAGUUUAGUCCCUUUAGUAUCGGUUGUGCCUGUUUGCUGCCUACCACAAUGGAGAAAUGUACACAGUUUGUAAGGGUGUGGUUUACAAAAUGUCAUCACAUUUCCCUCCCUUUGCUUGGGUCUAUAGUCACACCAUGCACUUUCCUUCUAUGUCCUCUAGCUCAGGGCUCCGGGGUGAAGUUCCCCCUAAAUCUAGGAUCAGCUUCCUCUCCCUCAAUCCUAACCUUAGCCAUUAGUGAGGAAAAUGCUAAACUGACCCAGGAUCAGCCUCUGGGUGCGACUUAACCCUACACCUAGCUCAGGACUAUGGUGGAUAGUGCGGCUGCACCCGGUCUGACCCUCAAGCCAUUUAAUCAGCUAUCUGAUUAACAACCCGACCACUAGACGAGGGACAUUUCUACCGUUUAUCAAUACCAUUAAUAACAUGCAACUAAUGAACCCUGUGUGGCUCGUCAUUCGAGUUUUCUAUUGAUGCUUCAAAUCUCCCUGAGUGAUCACAUUACAAAUGUUAUGCUGUUUUUGUUUAAUGAAGUUACAAAGUUAGUCAUGGAAUGAGAAUGAGGUAUACUUCUGAUAAUACAACACAGGCUCUAGUAUUUAAAUGCACAAGUCCUCUAUGACAGAAUCAUUAUUUCAACUGUUGUUUUCUGUUCACAGUAGAAUGCAUUGUCACUAUUAUAACUCAGUGUGUUUGUCUGAAUACAAACGGAGGCAUCUUGUUUAGUUGUUCUGCAUGAUGUACAUCUUGUUGAUGAUGGAACUUUGACAUUCAUUUAAAACCACUCUGUUCUAUUUUGUGUGAGGAAAGCUGUUGAGAAAAUGUCGGUUUUUGUUAUGUUUAUUCAUUGAUUCAAUAAUUCUAAAGGAGAUGAUUGGUGUUAAGCCAGGUUCAUAUGUUUGAUAGUGCUUGAGUCUUUACAUUCAAAAAUCAUCAAUGGAAGAUUGCUGCUGUAAUGUUUUGCUUUUCAAAGCUGAAUGAUAUGAAAUGGGUUGCGUUGAUGUGUAAAUGGCCACAAUAUUUAGUGACACUUUACAUUUCUAUGAGCGGUCCCUGUUUCUAUAUUUUUGUAAAUAAAAAUAAUUUAAAGAA